AUGGAGGCCGCCAUAUCUGCAGUGGCAGGCGAAUUUCUUAGCCGAUUCAUCUCUUUCCUGGUAAACAAGUACUUUUACUCAAGCCAUGUACGAUUGGAGGAGAAGGCGGAGAGGCUGCAGCAACUCCUAACGAGAGUGCACACAGUCAUCGAGGAGGCAGAUGGGCGAUACAUCAUGAACUCCAGCAUGCUGAUGCAGCUCAGGAUGCUCUCGGAGGCCAUGUAUCGAGGCUACCAUGCGCUUGACACCUUUACAUAUGAAGGCAUCGAGGACAGAGGCAGCAAUGAGGUUUGCGACUCAUCCAUUAUGCCAUUUGUCAUUCCUCUUAAGCGUUCUCGCAGAACUACAUGUGCAAGAAAGGACAAAGUCAUGCACCAUGAGUUACAUGGUGCCUUGAAGAACAUAGAGAUUGUUGCUGCUAACAUGAUGGAGUUUGUUGUGCUUUUGGGUGGAUGCGACCGAAUGCUGCAUAGACCAUAUGAUGCAUAUCUUUACCAUGAUAACAUCAUGUUUGGACGACAUACAGAAAAGCAAAUUCUUUUGAACUUCUUGUUGCAAGAUAGCAUUCCUGGCGACGAACCAGCUGUUCUUCCGAUCAUUGGUGGUUACGCGGUUGGGAAGAAAACAUUGGUUGCUCAUGUCUGCAGCAAUGAGAGGGUGCGCUCACGCUUCUCUUCAGUUUUGCACUUGAACGGAGACAACCUUUUCAGAAUACUUGAGCAUGGAAGCACCAUGUUAGGCGAGAUAUUGGUGGUUGUUGAGUUUGUUUCCAAUGUAGACGACAAGGACUGGCAAACAUUUCACUCAUUUGUCAAAAGUAUGGCUAGAUGUAGCAAGGUGAUCAUCGUGGGUAAACUUCAGAGAUUAACCAGAUUUGGAUCAGUGAAGCCAAUCUUUCUCAAUACUCUGCCUUACGAUGAAUUCUGGUACCUCUUCAAGAUACUAGCAUUCGGGAGUGCAAAUCCGAUAGAACAUCCACAACUAAUAGACAUAGCAGAAGAAUUUUCCAAGGAGUUUCACAAGGAAGGGUCACUUGGCGUCGCAAAUUCUUUUACAGAUGUACUGAGGAAUAACUUGAGUGUUCAAUUCUGGCUUUGCCUAUUGAACAAGGGCAGAAGAGUGAUUGAAAAGAACAUCUCCGCAUAUGGUGUGCAUCUUAAUAUACUAAUGGAACAAGGUCAUCCAGUGGACAUAAGUGAUUUUUCUUCGCAACCACUACACAUAAUACCUUAUACAGCUAAGGUUCCAAUGAAGAAUGAAUUACCAAAGGUGACACUUGGGGAGAUCCUUGUAGAUCCUAGUAUUAGGCCAAAAGGGGAAUUCAGUUUAUUGUCUUGGAAAUCAAGGAUUCCUCCUUACAAGUCAUUUGCUCACUUCGCUCAGACCAAUGUUAAGGAUAUGCCUGAAGUUACCCCCUUGUCAGGGAGAAAACGAAGAGGAGUGUCUCUAUGA